AUGGAUGAUGACAGAAAUGUAACAUAUAUAACUCUAAAUGGUUAUGUAGACGUUGAAAAAUACAGAUAUUUUUAUUUUGUAAUUAUCUUUACCAUAUAUAUUUUAAUAAUUUUCUGUAAUUCCAUCAUUGUAUGCCUCAUCGUGAUUCACCAAAGCCUCCAUGAGCCUAUGUACAUUUUCAUUGCAGCUUUGUUAGUGAACUCGGUUCUUUACAGCACUGUUAUCUACCCGAAGCUUCUGAUUGACUUUUUAUCUGAAAAACAGAUCAUAUCACAUCCAGUGUGUCACUUUCAAUAUUUUAUUUUUUACAGUUUAGGGGGUUCAGAGUUCUUACUGUUGUCAGCCAUGGCCUAUGACAGGUAUGUGUGUAUAUGUAAACCUCUGCGGUAUCCGACCAUCAUGACAAAAACUACGAUCAGUGUUUUCUUGGUUUUGGCUUGGCUCGUACCUGCCUCUCAGGUGGCAGGAUCAGCUAUAUUGAGUUCUAAGAGGAAAGUCUGUCACUUUACUUUGGAAGGAAUUUUUUGUAACAAUUCAGUUCACAAACUUCACUGUGUGAGUUCAAGAGGCCUAUCUAUGUAUGGUGUGAUUAUUUUGCUUAAUAUUGUAUUUUUUCCAAUGUUCUACAUAGUUUUCACGUACAUAAAGAUACUUAUAAUCUCCUAUCGAAGCAGCAGAGAAGUCAGGACAAAAGCUGCACAGACCUGUUUACCUCACCUGCUGGUUUUAGUCAAUUUUUCAUUGUUGUGUACUUAUGACAUCAUUAUACUGAGACUGGAAUCUGAUAUUCCAAAAACUGCACGUUUAAUCAUGACUCUACAGGUCGUUCUGUACCAUCCUCUCUUUAAUCCGAUCAUAUAUGGACUGAAAAUGAAAGAAAUCUCUAAACACCUGAAGAGGUUGUUAUGUCGUGUAAAAUGA